AUGGAAAGGAAAGAGCCUAGCAGGACCAAUCCGAAUGCGAUGGAAUCCAAGAAACCGUUGACGCAAAAUGAAUCAGAAGAACCUGAGACGAUGGAACCAGAAGUUUCGACCACCUUCAAACCUCUAGACCACGAAAUAGUGAAGGUACAACUACCACCAUUCUCACAAAGAAUGAAAAAGAAGCAAGAUGAUGAAAGGCAGUAUUAUCGCUUUAUGGAAUUAUUAAAACAGCUACACAUCAACAUUCCUUUUACAGAAGCGAUAAAGCAAAUGCCGAAAUAUGCCAAGUUUGUAAAGGAUAUGGUGUCAAAGAAAAGAAGCACAGGAAAGUUCGCUAUGGUGGCAUUAAUGAAAAAAUCAAAUACUAUAAUCCCACCGAAGAUGCGCGACCCAGGAAGCUUUACGAUCCCCUGCUCAAUUGAAGGGAUCUACAUCGAUCAAGCACUAUGCGAUCUUGGGGCCAACAUAAAUUUAAUAAUGUGGGGACAGCUGUACGCCCACGACGGUGACUCUCUAGCUUGCGGACAGGAUAAAUUCAUUCUACCAGCAGACUUCAUCAUUCUAGACUAUGAGGCGGACAAAGAUAUGCCUAUCAUAUUGGGACGACCAUUUCUAUCUACUGGUCGUGUUCAAAUUGAUGUACACAAAGGAGAAAUCACAAUGAGUAUAAAUGAGGAGAAGCUCAGGUUUAACAUCAUAAAGGCGAUGAAGUAUUUAGAAGAUGAAAACCUAUCAGAAUCUGACAAUGAACACAGUUGCAAUGAAGAGCCGGAGUAA